UUGAUCCCAAGCGGACCCUUCGAGCGACUUCACGUCCAAUCCCCCACUGGUUUGCCCGCCUCCCCUCGAGGCGCCAGUCGCCCCGCCGUGGGCAUUGCGCCAAAGAUGGAGUCCCGAUCAGGAGGAGGGAGCUUCUUCAGUCGGAACAAUUCGGGCAAUGUCCCGACUAUGCGAGGUCUGGUCUCCUUCAUUGCCGAUCUACGGAAUGCUCGUGCCAGAGAGCUCGAGGAGAAGAGGAUAAACAAGGAAUUGGCGAAUAUACGGCAAAAGUUUAGAGAUGGCGGCCUCAAUGGCUACCACAGAAAGAAAUAUGUUUGCAAGCUUCUUUAUAUUUACAUACUUGGCUGGAACGUCGACUUCGGGCAUCUCGAAGCCGUCAAUCUCAUCUCCGCCACCAAAUACUCGGAAAAACAAAUCGGAUAUCUUGCCGUCACUCUAUUUUUACAUGAAGAGCACGAAUUGCUACAUCUCGUCGUGAACAGUAUCAGAAAGGAUCUGAUGGGCCAUAAUGAGCUGAAUAAUUGUCUAGCGCUACACGCGAUUGCAAAUGUGGGCGGCAAGGAAAUGGGCGAAGCGCUGAGUGGAGACGUACACAGAUUGCUUAUAUCCCCAGCUUCCAAGGCUUUCGUCAAGAAGAAGGCUGCCCUCACUCUUCUUCGCUUGUACCGAAAGUACCCCGGCAUCGUUCAGCAUGAGUGGGCGGAACGUAUAAUAUCUCUCAUGGAUGACCCGGACAUGGGUGUCGCGCUCUCCGUCACCUCGUUGGUUAUGGCGUUGGUCCAGGACAACCAGGAACAGUACAAGGGGAGCUACGUAAAGGCCGCUGACAGACUCAAGAGAAUAGUCAUCGACAACGAAUGUGCUGAAGGCUACUUUUACUACAAGGUUCCGUGUCCAUGGAUACAGGUCAAACUUCUGAAGCUGUUGCAGUAUUAUCCACCGCCAGAGGAUUCGCAUAUUCGGAAGCUGAUCCGUGACUCUUUACAGAGAAUCAUGGAUUCGGCACUUGAGAUGCCCAAGAACGUGCAGCAGAACAAUGCCCAGAACGCCGUCUUAUUCGAAGCGAUUAAUCUCGUCAUUCACCUAGACACAGAGCAAGACCUCAUGAUCCAGAUAUCGACUCGCCUAGGGAAAUUCAUUGCAUCGCGUGAGACUAAUGUCCGCUACCUUGGCUUGGAAGCCAUGACGCAUUUGGCUGCCCGAUCCGAAACACUCGAUCCGAUCAAGAAGCAUCAAACUAUCAUCAUCGGGUCUUUGAGGGACAGAGAUAUCAGUGUUAGGAGACAGGGUUUGGAUUUGCUUUACAGCAUGUGCGAUCCCUCAAACGCUCAGCCAAUUGUUCAAGAGCUACUACGAUAUCUCCAGUCGGCUGAUUACGCUAUACGAGAAGAAAUGGUAUUGAAGAUUGCCAUCCUGACGGAGAAGUACGCGACCGAUGUGCAGUGGUAUGUUGACAUAUCAUUACGACUGAUCGCCAUGGCCGGAGACCACGUCAGCGAUGAAGUCUGGCAGCGAGUUAUCCAAAUCGUUACGAACAACGAGGAACUUCAGGUCUAUGCGGCGCAGAACAUUCUGCAAUACGUCAAGACCGACUGCCAUGAAACCCUGGUUAAGAUUGGAGGCUACCUUUUGGGAGAAUUCGGCCAUUUGAUUGCCGACAGCAAGGGUUGCAGCCCGAUUGAACAAUACAUGGCUCUGAAUGCAAAGAUGAGAGGAUGUCCAUCUAGUACGAGAGCGAUCAUCCUUUCUUGUUUCGUCAAGUUCGUCAACUUGUUUCCAGAGAUUAAACCCCAAUUACUGCAGACCUUCCGCGCCUAUAGCCAUUCCCUCGAUUCCGAACUGCAGCAAAGAGCGUGCGAAUACCUUACUCUUGCAAACAUGCCAACCGAUGACCUCCUGCGGACUGUAUGCGACGAAAUGCCGCCUUUCCCUGAACGAACUUCGGCUCUCCUGUCUCGUCUUCACCAGAAGCAUGCGACGACUAGUGAUAAGCGGACAUGGGUUAUUGGAGGAAAGGACGCCAAUGCUGAUCCUAAAGAGUUCAACUUGGUCAACCAACCUACUGGGCUUAAAAGAAGCUUCACAGUCCCAGUGCAAGGAAACACCACACCUGGUGCUAAUGGCACUAACGGUGUAAACAAUCUCUCUAGUGAUCUUGCUGGUCUUGAUAUGAAUAUCGAUACGAACAAGAUGCUGAAGGCGCCGAACUUGGCUAGUGCCGCGCAUUUGAGUCCAGACUGGGAAAUCGGUUACAACCGUCUCUUGCUUCGCACGGAAGGUGUUCUCUAUGAAGAUGCACAGAUUCAGAUCGGUUUGCGUACGGAAUAUCGUGCGCAGCUUGGUUGUCUCAUAUUUUAUUUCACCAACAGGUCUCCUUUCCCAAUGGGCUCUUUCACUACCACCCUUGACAACAGGUCGUCAGACAACUUGAAGACGGACAUUAAAGGCCUGCCAGAGACGUUGAUCCACCCCGAGGGACAAACACAGCAGACCAUCAUGUUUGAAGCCAAGAACGCAUUCGCGGAGCCACCCACAUUUCGUAUAUCCUAUCUUGCGGGAGCCCUCCAGGCACUAACGCUCCAACUUCCAGUCUGCCUCCACAAAUACAUGGAUGCUGCUGAAUUGAGUGGUGAGGACUUUUUCAAGAGGUGGAAACAAAUUGGCGGUGAGCCACGUGAGGCACAACGCAUCUUCGGCCUCGUGAACAAGAACCGCACCAUGAACAGUGAAUUCGUUAGAAGAGUCGUGCAGGGCUUCCGGUGGGGCAUAUUAGAUGGGCUCGACCCUAACGGCAAGAACAUUGUUGGUGCAACAGUGCUGCACACGGCAGACGGCAAAUUCGGGUGCUUGCUGAGACUGGAGCCAAACUACGAUACCCAGAUGUUCCGAAUCACCAUUCGCGCAACCGACGAAGCCGUCCCGCCCAUUCUUAUCAAAGUGAUGGAAGACAGACUUUCGCAGGGUAUGGAGGGUGUAUACUGAUACGCUCACCCUUUCGCAUAUGUUUGGUCUAGCUUGUUGUUCUUGCUGUGCGUCUGCGACCUUUCGUGUAAACCAUCUAGGGGGUGUUGUUAUGAAUGCCUAUUUCUUCUUGGCACACAGUUGAGAUCUUUUGAUAGGUGUGUAAUCUUUUGAGGGCUUUGGCUUUUUUGAGCAGGUGGGAGCGGUAUAUAGAAAAGCGGAGUGAGGGGGAUUGAGCGUGAAAACAACAAACAUACCCAUACGCUGAAUGAAUGCAUAAAAGUUGGAAGUGUUGUUGAAUAUGUCUCUCCCUGGAUGCAUGUCUCCCUUCUAUUUUCCCCGCCACCUCGUUGGGGAUUGAUAAAAUACAUUCGAAUUUUGUCGAACUCCAAUGUGGCUUCUCUUCCGAUAUCUUAAAAUACUUCCCACUGGAGUCUUGGAAACAGCCUAAUCGAAGCACAUGUCGAGGACUCUCCUCUUGGCCCGACCGAAC